AUGUACGACCUGCGACCUCUUCGAUAUCGUCUCUCCAACGAGCGUGCGGUCUGCCGCGCGGCCGGAUGUGAUCACGCGGCCACCAAUUUCCUCGGGAAAUGGCAUGUGGUGCGACGAACGGACAAACCCAGGGGGCCCAUAGAUUGUUCACAGUUGGAACUUCUAGAGGAAAAUGAUGAGAUUUUUCUGCACGAGAGAGUUGUCAACCAAAACUUCUUAGAACAUGAGAGGAGCCCUGCAAUCUACGAGGAAGGCACAGCCAAGUUCAACAUAAAUAGGACAGAUCCAUAUAAAUCUGCUGACUUUUGGAUAUUGCAAACGGAUUACAACAACUUGGCCCUCGCCUACGCAUGUGAAGAUGAUGAAGACGGUACAACAAGUAGAGUAACCAUAUGGCAGUUGGGAAGGCAACCAUUCUUUCCCAACACAAUGAUGGAGGCAUUCAUGAACACGACAUUGUUCAACAACUUUGGCAUCACAAGAGAUGACCUCACACCUGUGGAUCAUUCUGAAGCAGCUUGUAAAACUCUGCCCGAAAUACCCCCUGGACAAAAUGUCGUAUUGCCCGGCCAAUGUAAUCAAACUAUGGCAGUUGUAGAAAACUUCAAUGUUUCUUCGUUUAUGGGAGAAUGGUUCGAAAUAUCCAGUUACUUCACCGCCAAUCAGCUGGGUGCAUGUAGCCGAGCGAAGUAUACCCUGACUGAGGAUGGGGUCGCCGUAGAAAAUAGCCAAGUGGUCAAUGAGACCUUGGAAAUAAUACCAGGGCGCGCCAUCCUUACCACCACGGACGAAAGUGCUCGGCUUCUGGUGACAUUGGAAAUUAGACCUACAGUUUUUGUCGACUCCCCGCUAUGGAUCUUAGCAACGGACUAUGAAAAUUACGCAGUCUCCUAUACUUGCAUUGAUUUGGCUAACAAUCAAAAACAAGUAAACGCCUGGAUCCUCAGCAGAUCACGUCAACUGACACACGAAGCGCAAACCGCGGUCAAUGAAGUGAUACGCAGUGAGGUUGAGCUGAACAAACGGUUCUUCGUCGAAGCUGACCAAUCCGACGAGGCUUGCUUCUACUACCCUCAACCCGUGGCAGGACAGCCAGUCAUUUUCCGUGGACAAUGCGACCUUAGCAUAUCUGUUAAGACGGACUUUAAUGCUACAGCGUACAUGGGUUUAUGGCACAACAUUGAAUCCUACCCAUCGAAAUCUCAAACAGGGACAUGCAAUAACGCCCUCUACAGACUGAAGGAUGACUUCGUCGAUGUCUUCAACACUCAGGUCGUCGAUGAGAAACUCCUGAGCAUCAACGGCGAAGCCAGGGUUGCAUCAUCGGAUGGAAGUGCCAAAUUAACUGUCAACUUUCCUAUUGCCGGCACUAAUACAUUUUCUACAGCAAGUUACUGGGUGCUGGAAACUGAUUACGAGUCAUUCGCCUUGGUGUACAGCUGUGUUAAUAUCGACGAUGAACAUCGACAAGUUACGAGUUGGAAACUCAGUAGAACUAAAGAGCUACCCCCUGCCGGUGCAGCAGCCAUCGACAGAAUCAUCCCGACAAUACCAGUUCUUGAUCAGCAAUACUUCGAAAAGCAUGAUCAGAGUAGAAAAGGAUGCUUCUACUUCCCCGAGCCUCGGCCAGGAGUUCCCGUGGUGUUUCCAGGACAAUGCAGCGAUACUAAUGUGCAAGUGGCGACAAACUUUAAUUUUACAGGGUUCGAAGGAACGUGGAACGAAAUUCGCGCGUACCCCAAAGAGCAGCAACCUGGUCAGUGCGUGUCGCACGCCUUCACUGCGACCAGCAGCGGGUUCAAUCUGGUCACUUCAAGCGUCGAGGACCAAUUCCUCGGGACCUCUAACAGCAGUGUCACUCAAACGACCACUGAUGGAACUGCUAAAUUCAGUAUUACAUUCAAAGGCAUUGACGGAGAUAUAACCAUUCCAUAUUGGAUCCUGGAUACCGACUAUUUAAACUAUGCGUUGGCAUACAGUUGCGUGGAUGUCAAUUCAGAUUUCAGAGCUGUUUACAGCUGGAAGCUUAGCAGAACAAGACAGUUAUCUGCAGAUGCAUCCAAUUCGAUAAACAGUGUCAUCCAAAACAUCAAUGUACUUCAAGAAAGAUAUUUCGAGACUGUUGACCAAACAGAUGCGGGUUGCUUCUAUCUACCUCAACUGCAACCGGGGGAGCCUGUCAUACUAAACGGGAGGUGUGAUGAAAAUAUUCCAGUCAUACAGGACUUUGAUCUUAACGCGUACCUUGGACGUUGGCGUCUAAUCGAGAGUUACGCUAGCGAUUUCCAAACAGGAAGUUGUAAAGAUACGACAUACUCUUUAGGCAGCAACAAUAUCUUAUUACAAAACACUCAAGUUAUCGACCAAAGAUUAGACAUAACUACUGGAACUGCCGUUAAUUUUACUACAGAUGGAAGACUGUUCGUUCUAGCAGCUGGUCAAUCUAAUCAAUACUUGAUCCUGGAUACGGACUAUACGUCAUUCGCACUAGUGUAUACAUGUAAUAACAUCAAUGAGCAUCAAAGAAGAGUUUGGAGUUGGAAACUAAGUCGUACAACGACUUUGUCUGAUAAAGCCCAUCAAAGAAUGAAUCCGAUCAUCAACCGGAUCGAUGUUCUAAACAACCAGUACUUCCACCCUGUGGAUCAUUCGGACAGUGGGUGUUUUUACUACCCCUCGCCCAACCCUGGGAAUCCAGUAAUUUUCAGAGGGCAAUGCGAUACCAAUAUUAAAGCUGUAGCUAACUUCAACGUUAGUGCCUACAUGAAUCUUUGGCACGACGUCGCAUCGUACCCUAAUGGUUUCCAAAGAGGAACGUGUCCCAAUGCCUUAUAUACACUCAACGCAAAUGAAACCGUGGAUGUGUUCAAUACUGAAGUUAUAAGCCAACGACUGGACACUCUGCGAGGCAUAGGAGAGAUAGCAUCAGGAGAUGGCAGCGCGCAGCUUUCCGUUCGCUUCCCCAUCGCGGGUUCAACACUUUUCAGAACAGCGCCAUACUGGGUUCUUGCAACGGAUUACAAUGAUUACGCUCUUGUAUAUAGUUGUGUGAAUAUUAACGAGGAACAGCGUCAAGUUUGGUCUUGGAAGCUAAGUAGAACGAAACAGUUGUCACAGACUGCAGUAACAGAAAUAGGCAAAGUCACAAGCAACAUUCCCGUGCUAAGAGAUGAGUACUACGUGCAGAGGGAUCAAAGCAGGAAUGGAUGUUUCUACUUCCCUGAACCGGAGCCCGGAGUACCAGUUGUUUUCCCUGGUCAAUGUGACACGACCAUACAAGCUAUAGCAUCAUUCAAUAUGACAGCAUUUCAAGGACAAUGGCACGAGAUUGCAGCCUAUCCGAAAGAGCAGCAGACCGGCCAAUGUAUCAGCCACCAAUACUCACUAGGAAAUAACAACAACUUGAAUCUAGUAUCUAACAAUGUGCAGAACCAAAACCUCGGUGUCACCAACAGUGUUGUAUCAUUCGAGUCAGCGCAAGAUACAAGUGGACGACUGAUCAUAACGCUCUCAUCUAACGGACAAGUGAUAAUUAUACCAUUUUGGGUAUUGGAUACAGACUAUGAGAAUUAUGCUUUGGCAUACAGCUGCGUUAACGUAAACAAUGACUACAGGAAAGUGUUCAGUUGGAAACUCAGCAGAACUAGAGAACUGAAUUCCGCUGCUAAAAUAGCUAUUAACAACAAAAUAGCGACAAUUGAUGUAUUAGAAGACAAAUACUACGAGCCGAUUGAUCAAUCAGAUACGGCAUGUUUCUACCUACCCACUCCAAUACCCGACCAACCUGUAGAAUUUCCAGGCCAAUGUGACGAGACUAUUGGCGUUGUUCAGAAUUUCAACGCUGAAGCAUAUCUAGGACGGUGGCGUCUUAUACAAAGCUACCCGCAGAAAUCUCAAACAGGCACAUGUAACGAAGCAAACUACUCAUUGAACCCUGACGGAUCAACUGUGGAUGUUUACAACACUCAAGUAAUAAACCAAGAGCUAGACUCCAUAAACGGUACAGCAAUUCUGGCCGCAAAUGACGGAAAUGCAAAACUUCUUGUAACUUUCCCCAACUCCCCUGAGCCAGCCCCAUAUUGGGUAUUGGAUACGGAUUAUGUUUCGUUCGCAUUGGUUUAUAGCUGCCGUAAUAUAGAUACCUACAGACGACAAGUUACUAGUUGGAAACUAAGCCGAACAUCUCAGCUAACUCCAUCUGCUGUGGAGAGGAUAAACCUAAUUGUUAACAAGAUCAAUGUUCUGAACGAGAAAUACUUUAGUUCUAUCGAUCAUUCCGACAAAGGGUGUUUCUACUUUCCUCCACCGAGCCCUAAUCCUGUCAUUUUCCGUGGACAGUGUGAUCAAAAUAUACCUGUUGUGACCAAUUUUGAUGUAUUAAAAUACACUGGAUUGUGGCAUGACAUUGCGUCCUAUCCUAAUGAGUUCCAAGAGGGCACGUGCAGCAAUGCUUACUACAGCCUCGUCACAAACUACGUAACUGUACGAAACACUCAAGUAAUCAACCAAACGCAGUAUGUUAUAGAAGGAGAAGCUAGAACAGCGUAUGCUGACGGAUCUGCUAAGCUUAUUGUUAGAUUCCCUAUUGCUGGCACAAAUGAGUUCACUGACUCUACAUACUGGGUGUUACGUACAGACUACAUCUCAUACUCACUGGUAUACACGUGUGCUAAUCUUGAUACAGAAAGACGUCAAGUAUGGUCCUGGAUACUUAGUAGGUCAAAAGAGUUAUCUUCAGGGGCGAUAACAGAAAUAAACCAAGCCAUAGCUACCGUUCCAGUACUAGACGAUCGUUACUAUAUACAAAGGAAUCUGUCCAGGGAGGGAUGCUUCUAUUUCCCUGAACCUAAACCUGGUGUGCCAGUUGAAUUCCCGGGGCAAUGCGAUAUGAAUAUACAAGCUAUUGCUAAUUUUAAUAUGACCGCUUUCCAAGGAAUGUGGCACGAAAUAGAAGCUUAUCCAAAGGAACAGCAGACCGGACAUUGUGUGAACCACGACUACUCAAUUGGCACUGCCAACACAUUAAACCUUGUAUCAAGUAAUGUUCUGGACGAGACUCUUAGUAUCACUAACAGUCAAGUUACAUUCGCUUCACCACAAGACACUAGCGGAAGAUUAGUCAUCACUCUUACCUCUGGUGGAUCUGUUAUUAACAUUCCAUUUUGGGUUAUACAAACGGACUAUGAGAGCUACGCAUUAGCUUAUAGCUGCGUGAACAUUAACAAUGAUUACAGGAGAGUUUUCAGCUGGAAACUUAGUAGAAGCCAACAAUUAACGACAGGAGCUUCUGCAGCUAUAACAAAUGCUAUGCAAGAUAUAGAUGUUUUACAAGAGCAAUACUUUGAGGAGAUCAAGCAGACAGAUGAAGCUUGCUUCUAUUUACCGGAUCCAGUACCCGGUGUACCGGUGACAUUCCGUGGUAAAUGUGAUGAAAGUGUACCUGUUGUACAGAAUUUCAAUGCGUCUAGGUAUCUUGGACGCUGGCGACGAAUUUCAAGCUAUCCAGAACCGUCCCAAAUCGGCAAAUGUAAUGAAGCUACCUACUCCCUCAAUGCAGAUGGAUCAACAGUUGAUGUUUAUAAUACACAAGUGAUAAAUAGGGAACUAGACUCCAUUAACGGCACAGCAAUUCUUGCUUCAAAUGAUGGCAGUGCUAAACUUUUGGUCACUUUCCCAAAUACCACGGAACCAGCACCAUAUUGGGUUCUCGACACAGAUUACGACACAUUCGCGUUAGUCUACAGUUGUAGGAAUUUGCCCAACAACCAACGACGAGUCUGGUCUUGGAAGCUCAGCAGGACGACCACACUUACAAACGCAGCAGUGACCGCCAUUAACACUGCCGCUGCUUCCAUACCAGUGCUGGAUGACCGGUACUACGUAACAAGAGAUCACAGUGACCAAGGCUGCUUCUAUUACCCUGAACCUGAGCCGGGAAAACCUGUUGUGUUCCCUGGACAGUGUGACGAUACAAUACAAGCUGUAGCCAACUUUAACAUGACCGCUUUCCAAGGAGUUUGGCAUGAAAUCGCAGCAUAUCCAAAAGAAUAUCAAACCGGCCAAUGUAUCAACCACGAGUACAGUUUAGGAUCAGCAGGCUAUUUGGAUCUCGUAUCAUCUAACGUUGUUAAUGAAAUCCUUGGAGUCACAAAUAGUAGAGUUACGUCAGUCGACUCUUCUGGAAAACUUGUAAUUACUCUCAAUUAUGAAGGAACGACAAUUACCAUUCCAUUUUGGAUUUUGGACAUAAAUUACAAUGAUUAUGCUUUAGCCUACAGCUGCGUGAAUAUCAAUGCCAGACAACGAGAAGUGUACAGUUGGAAGUUAAGCAGGUCAAAAGAACUAUCGUCAUCCGCAGUUAUAUCGAUAGAUAACAAAAUAUCAGAGAUCGACGUAUUACAUGAGAAGUAUUUCGAAAAAAUCGACCAAUCAGACAACGCUUGCUUCUUCUUACCCGACAUACUUCCCGGGCAACCGGUUAUAUUUAACGGACAAUGCGAUAGUAAUAUUCCGGUUCUUCAGAACUUCAACGCUAUCAGGUAUCUUGGGCGGUGGCGUGUAAUUGAGAGCUAUGCAUCAGAUUUCCAAAGUCUCGCAGGUGGUUGUUUAGAAGCUAACUAUAAGCUUGGCUCAAAUAAUACGAUUAACAUCGAUAACACUGAAGUAGUAAAUCAGAACCUUUACACUGAAACUGGUACUGCAAUAUUAGAUGGCACCGAUGGAAGUGGGAAAUUCAUUGUUACAUUCCCUAAUGCCCCUGAUUCUUCGAACUUGUGGGUUUUGGACACUGAUUACGAUACAUAUGCAUUGGUGUACAGCUGCGUGGACAUAAAUGACCAACAGCGUCGAGUAUGGAGUUGGAAGCUCAGUCGAGCAGCGGAACUAACAACCAAUGCCCAAACAAAAAUCGAAAACAUUGUUAAUUCUAUCAAUGUACUCAACAAUCGGUUCUAUGUGAAGAUAAAUCAAACUGAUGAAGCCUGCUUCUAUUAUCCAACUCCUGAUGGCAAUCCCGUGGAAUUCAGGGGCUUGUGCGAUGAAAAUGUACCUGUAGUCACUGAUUUUAAGGCAGCUGAUUAUAUGGGUUUAUGGUAUAGUAUAGAAUCCUAUCCCACAUUCAACGCACGAGGCACUUGUGGUAAUGCUCACUACACCCUAGGCGAUGGUGUGGUAGAAGUCUUCAACACACAAGUCAUUGAUCAAAGACUCGAUACGAUCAAUGGAACAGCCACAUUGGUACCAACCAACGAUACAUCCGCUAAACUAACCGUAAGAUUCCCUGUUGGAGGAAACAUCAAUGAAUCACCAUACUGGGUCCUUGCUACGGAUUACAAAUCAUAUUCCCUUGUAUAUACAUGUAUCAAUCUCAGCUCAGAUCGACGAAGAGUAUCAUCGUGGAAGUUAAGCAGAUCCAAACAAUUGACUGCCGAAGCCGUAAGAGAUAUAGAUAUAGCUAUAAGCAAAGUGCCCGUGCUUGAUGAUAAGUACUAUGUAAAAUCUGAUCAAAGUGACGCCAGUUGCUUCUACUACCCUGAACCACAGCCGGGAGUGCCUGUUGUUUUCCGUGGACAAUGCGAUAAUACCAUCCAAGCUGUACCUAAUUUUAAUAUGAACACUUUCCAAGGAGUAUGGCAUGAAGUAGAAGCUUAUCCAAAAGAACAACAGACCGGCCAGUGCAUCAACCACGAAUACACUUUGGGAUCUAGCAAUGCAUUGGAUCUUGUGUCCUCCAAUAUUAUCAACCAAAUCCGUGGCAUUACAAACAGCAGAGUGACAUUCACAUCACCUCAAGAUACUAGCGGAAAGUUGACUAUUACUCUCACAUCUGGAACAUCUACUAUCACCAUUCCAUUCUGGGUUCUAAGCACAGAUUACGAAGACUAUGCAUUAGCUUACAGCUGUAUCAAUUUAGACCAAUAUUCAAGAGGAGUUUUCAGUUGGAAACUGAGCAGAUCGCAACAACUAUCUACCGCUGGUAAUACUGCUAUCAAUAAUAAAAUAAAAGAGAUAGACGUUUUGGACAAUCAGUAUUAUGAAGAGGUUGACCAAUCGGAUAAGGCGUGUUUCUAUCUACCUGAUAUACCUCCUGGAGUACCUGUUGAAUUUGUUGGCCAGUGUGACGAAACCUUAGCAGUCGUACAGAAUUUCGAUGCAUCCGCGUACGGAGGCCGAUGGCGUAUGAUAGAGACUUAUGUAUCCGAUUUCCAAAGUUUGCAAGGUGGUUGCAAGGAAGCUACAUACACAUUAGCACCCGGUGCAGUCGUCGAUGUAUACAACACUGACGUUGUGAAUCAAAGACUCUAUAGUAUUAACGGCACGGCAGUUUUGGCCAGUACAGAUGGAAGCGCUAAGCUAAGUGUAUCUUUUCCCGGAAACCAAGAACCGGCUUCUUACUGGGUUCUUGAUACAGAUUAUACUUCAUAUGCUCUCGUUUACAGUUGUCGCAACAUCGAAAAUGGUCGACGAAGAGUAUGGUCUUGGAAACUCAGUCGUACCAGAGAGUUGACAAACAACGCGAUAACCAAAAUCAACGAAAGGAUCGCUACUAUCGAUGUUCUGAACGAACGUUUUUACCUGAAGGUAGAGCAUUCCGACGAUGCCUGCUUCUAUUACCCGACUCCUGAUGGCAACCCCUUGGUGUUCAGAGGCCAGUGCGACCCGAACAUACCAGUAGUCACAGGAUUUAAUGCGACAGCGUACAUGGACACUUGGUACGACAUCGAAGGUUACCCAGUCCAGUUCCAAGAUGGCACCUGUCCCACGGCAACCUAUUCUCUCACUGCAGCUGGUGUGGAUGUCUUCAACACACAAGUCGUUCGCCAAGAGCUGGACACUAUCCGAGGGACUGCUGUAUUGGCCACUGACGACGGAUCAGCUAAACUUACGGUGUCAUUCCCAAUUGCUGGAACUAAUCUAAAAACUGCAUCACCGUACUGGGUGCUAAGUACUGAUUACAGUAACUAUGCUCUGGUGUACUCUUGCGUCAACACCGAUACGGAACACCGUAGAGUUGCCAGUUGGAAGCUUAGCAGGACAAAGCAGCUUACUGAAGCAUCAAAAGCAGAAAUCGAUAAAGUCAUUAACACAGUUCCAGUCCUCAGACAAGAUUACUACGUCCCAAGGGGACACACUGAAGAAAACUGCUUCUAUUACCCUGACAAUUACGGAGGUCCAGUUAUACAGAACGGACAGUGUGAUAUAAAUGAAAUAAACAUCGUCGAAAAGUUCGAUAUUAAUGCGUUUUCAGGAGCUUGGUACGAAAUCUCACGCUUCCCUUCGGAAUUACAAGAUGGCGAAUGUGUCUCUAAUGAUUUUAUCAUCAACAAUGGAAUAAUACAAAUGCGUAAAAGCAUUGUAUAUAAUGACAUGAAGACGACGUUCACUGGACCUGUCACUUUAGAUCCUGAUGAAAGAGGAGUUAUGAAGGUCACACUUAAUGAUCCCGUUGCUGGAGGAAUCUUCGAAAUGACUUUCCAUGUGUUGGACGUUGUUUACAACGACUUUGCGUUGUUGUACGGUUGUAGGGAUGUUGACAGUACACGCAAGCAAAUUUACAGUUGGAAAUUAAGCAGGUCAUCGACCACAUUGUCAGAAACAGCAGUUACAAGGAUCAACCAAAUUGUCAAUGAUACCAGACCGCUCUUUGAACGUUACUUUGAAGAAACGGAUCAAACUUCUAAUGGGUGUUUCCAUUAUCCUGAUUUCGAUGAGUUGCCUUCGGUCAUAGAAUUAACUGGACAUUGCGAUACCAGUAUUAGAGGGAAAGCCAAUUUUGACGUGGCAGCUUAUCUCGGAAAAUGGUACGAAAUUGCCAGCUACCCUCAACCAUUCCAAUAUGGACAAUGCGCACGCGCUCAGUACAGUCUGGGUGACGGCGUUGUGAAUGUGCUCAACACUCAAGUUGUGAACCAAACACUGGACGUACAAAUGGCAACCGCUGUACUUGGUUCAGACGAUGGUAGCGGUCUCUUACAUGUAACCUUCAAUUUGCCUAAUGGAGUGACCAACGUUGUCAAUUACUACGUACUAGAAACUGACUACAAAAACUUCGCUUUAGUCUACAGUUGCCGUAACUUGACAAACGAUCGGAGACAAGUCACCAGUUGGAAGUUAAGUCGUGAAACGAGUUUGUCUGACGAAGCACUCCUAAUCAUGGAUGAAAUUAUCAAUAGCACUCAAGGUCUUAGACAGAGCUUCUAUCGACCUACCAGUCAAACAGAAGACUCCUGCUUCUACAUACCAGAAGUUAAUAAAAACGAGGCCCCAGAGUUCAGAGGACAGUGCGGAGAUAUCAGUGGCAUACAAGGAUUUGAUGCUAAGAAGUACAUCGGCUGGUGGCAUGAGAUCGAAAGCUAUCCUACAAACAACGACAGAGGGGCGUGUAUUAGCUCUGAAUUCAGUCAACUUAACGAUGGAUAUCAUAUAGUAGAUACGAAUGUCUUCGACAAUGUCGCUGAACUAAAUUCCAGUACAGUCACUGUUACAAAUGACGGAAGAUUGAGGAAGACAUACAGCAAUGGCGGAUACGACGAUAUUUGGAUAUUAGCAACAGAUUACGAAACGUAUUCCCUUCUGUACUCUUGUGAGAACAUUGACAGUCAAUCCAUGCGAGUAUGGAGUGCCAAAUACAGCAAAUCACGUCAACUAACACCAGCUGCGCGGGAAGCUAUCGACCAAUACAUCAACUCCACAAGAACGUUGGAGACGCAGUUCUAUCAGGUCGUGGAUCAAAGCGACAGCGUCUGUUUCCAUUAUCCCGAACCAACCGGCAACCAAAUCAUCAUACCUGGACAGUGCGACCUGAAUAUACCUGUGGAACAGAACUUUGACGUAUCCGAGUACUCAGGUACUUGGUACCAAAUUGAAAGAUACCCACAAGUACACGAAAAUGGUACGUGUAUAGGAGCGAGGUACACCUUGGACCAGAACACGGGAGUGGUCACUGUACUCAACUGGCAAGUCAUAGACGGAGUGUUGGACACGGUGGAAGGGACUGCAAGAAUAAACUCGACCGAUGGUAGCGCAAAGCUGAUAGUCAACCUGCCGAUUCGAUUUACGGAAGGUAAAACUGAGCCCACCAUGGUAUCGACGGAAUUGUACGUCCUCAAGACCGACUACUUAACACAUUCUCUGGCGUACAGUUGCGUUAACGUCGGGCCAUAUAGACGAGCCGUCGGAGUAUGGAAACUGAGCCGAACGCGUGAACUGGACGAUGAAAGUAAAUCCGCAAUCGACGCAAUAACAGCUUUAAGGCCAGAGCUACACCAGCCGUAUUUCAAUCCGGUCACGCAAAAUGACGACUGCGCAGAGCCCAGUUCAGCUGUCAUAGUUAAAAGCAGUAUUAUUAUUAUGUUACUCUGUAGUAUUAUUAAAUUUUUACUAUAGUUACAUAAUGUUAAACUAGAUUUUAUUAUUUAUUAAAAUUUUAUUAUGUACCUACAUUGUUACUCACAGUUGUUUUUAACAAUGCUGCUAAUUCGUCUGUUAUGCAACUGGCAACAAUAAUCGUGCUAUCCUUUCUCAAUGUUCGCUUUUAGAAAGGGUGCCUGCUACCUGCUUUAUUAAUGACAAUUUGACCGGUAUCCAAUGAUUUGUCGCUCAUAGACGCAAGACGAAGUAAAUUCCCUGAGAAAUAUUGAAGUUUAUUCUAUCCAUUAUUAAUAGCAAUUUAUUUUAUUAGUUGUAUGUUAUUUUGUAAAUUUCUUCUGUGAUUAAAUAAAUAUUUGUAGGAAAUUGAAAUAAGCAAAUACCUGUUUAAUAAAAAAAAAAUUAAACCAA